AAUUUUCCAAAUCAGAAUAAUAGAGAGAACAGGAGAGAAAAAAAAGAGGAGUCAAGAAGAUGGGAAGGGUGAAAUUGAACAAUGAUCCAUCUCCAAGCCUAAAGCACUUUAGUCAUCCACAUGAAUUGGAAUCAUGCAUCCAACUCCAAGAUUUAAGCCCUUGUUCAGGAUGCAGACUUCCACCAUUAGGCCAAAUGUACAUAUGUAGGCCUUGCAACUUCACUCUUCAUUUAAGCUGUGCUAAAUUCCCACAGCUGAUUACACACCCCUCUCAUCCGAACCACCCUCUCAACCUCCUCCCAAUUUCCAAAUACCCCGGUGGUCAAUUCAACUGUGAUGCCUGUAAACGCCAUGGAACCGGCUUUAGCUACCAUUGCAGUUAUUGUGAGUUUGAUCUCCAUGUGAUUUGUGCAUCUAAACCUCUCAAAAUCACACACCAACUGCACCAGUGUUCGCUGGAACUCACCUUCAAGAAUCCUUAUGCUAAUGCCAAAGGCUUCUCUUGUGAUGUAUGCCACAAGAUUGAAGCCAAGCAGUGGCUUUAUAGAUGCCCUGUUUGUGAGUUUGAUGUUCAUUUGGAUUGUUUAACUUCUGCCCCUAGACAGGCAGCUUCACAGUCAACUGCUAUCCAGCACCACCAUUCAUUCCCAGGGGCCACUAACCAAUUCCAGCAGACUACUAUGGGUACACAAGCAAGGUCACAUCAUUUGAUGCAUGUCGCAAGUACAGGUGCAAUAACUAACAACCAUUCCCUACAGCCUACAAUAUUUCAAGGACAGGCGAGGCCAAACCAGUUGUUUCAUAAUGCUAGUACAAGUGCAGUUCCACAGCAACAGUUCCUGCAACCUCCUAUAAUUCAAGGACAAGCAAGGCCAAACCUCUUGUUUCAUAGUGCUAGUACAAGUGCAGUUCCGCAGCAACAGUUCCUGCAACCUCCUAUAAUCCAAGGACAAGUGAGGCCAAACCAAUAUAUGCAGACUCCAGGGCCAAACAGUGGUUUCGGGAAUGGUUUGAUGAAUGCUGCAAUUCAAGGACUUGUAGAAGGUGCAGCUCAGCAGGUUGGUCAGACUUUCAUGCAGGGGGUCAUAGGUGGUGGUGACAAUAAUGGUGGAAAUGAAGGAUCAUCAAUCCUUGGAAGCAUUUUUGGUGACUCAUCAGACACACAGUACUAGAUUACAUAUAUUUUUCUUUCCAUUAUACUCGUCUGCGUAAAACAGGUUAGAUUCGGGGUUAAACAUAAAACUCCGGGAGGGAUCACACUCUUUGGUGGGGUUCUUCUUGUUGAAUAGUAGAUACAUGCUUUUGUGUCUUGGUGUUUGCGUUGUAUGCUAUAAUCGAUUACCUUGUCAAAACUAGAGUCAUUGACUUAAACUAUGCAAUAUUGCACAAGUAAUAAGUCCUUUUAAGACUGUUUAAAUAUUAUUUAUUGAUUCUACUA